UGCCUCCAGCAAGCUGUCUGUGCCCCAAGCAGAGUCUCCUUCCUCACAGGCCGCCGACCAGAUUCCACCAGGCUGUAUGACUUCAACUCGUACUGGCGAAGCCACGCAGGAAACUACACCACGUUGCCGCAGUACUUCAAGGAGAACGGCUACAUCACCAUGUCCGUUGGGAAGGUUUUCCACCCAGGCAUCUCCUCAAACCACAGUGACGAUUAUCCGUACAGUUGGUCCUUUCCGGCUUUCCACCCGUCUUCUGAGAAAUACGAGAACACGAAGGUUUGCAAAGGCAAAGACGGAAAGCUUCACGCCAAUUUGAUCUGUCCUGUGGAUGUUGCCGAGAUGCCCGAGGCUACUUUGCCAGAUAUCCAGAGCACCGAGGAGGCCAUCCAUUUGUUGAAGAGUCUGCAAAGAAUCAAGAGGAAGUUUUUUCUGGCUGUCGGCUAUCAUAAACCCCACAUCCCAUUCAGAUACCCUCGGGUAAGAAAAUUUCUCUGCAGCGGGGAAAAAAGGGAGAUCUUCCCAGGAAGAGUCUCCAAAAAGUUCUCUCCUAGAAGG